AGUGAGAGCGUGUGGUUCGGCAUGCCCGAGGCUCCUGUCGCCUUAGCCUCGUCGCUAACCGCCUUCCGCCACGCUCUGGUGUGCAAGCGAUGGCUGCGCGUCGCCAGAUCCGUGCAUCCCGCCAUCGUCGUGCCUCGAAACCGCUUCUUUUCUGCACGAACCUUCGCCUCGCUCCUCUCCUCACCCACCUUGGGAUUCCCGAAUCUUCGCCACCUGCAUCUCGGCGAAUUCGCGAUGAACUCUGUUGAUAGCCGCCUCGUGCGAUCCAUCUGCGACGGAUGUGGCUCGUCCUUGACGCACCUCACGAUGCACCUGUACGGCCGUCAGCCAGUGACGUCCAUGCAGUCGGUCCGUAGCAGCCCCGCGGAGCAGUCGACUGGCUCUGCAGCAAUCUUACCCGCCGAUGUCGCCGCCAUCUUUAGUUCUUGCACGCGAUUGGUCAAUCUGGAUCUACGGCUGGGUUUAGGAGUUUGCGAGAUUCCGCCUUCCAUCAGCUGCCUGGAGAAGCUCACGCGGCUCAGCAUGAGCUUCAGUAACGUUACCGCGUUACCCGGGGAGCUGCUGAGCUUGUGUCGACUGAAGGAGUUACACCUUGUGUCGCAGUCCCUUCGCAUGCUGCCUAAUCCCUUCAGCUGCCUUACCUCUCUGGAGCACCUCUCCCUUCGCAACUGCCCUAUGGGCCAUCUCCCGAGGGAUUUAGGGCACCUUCAUAACAUCAAGAUCCUCAGCCUCUCGCAUCUGCCAGGUCUUGCGGAACUGCCAGACUCAAUCUGUCAACUCCCGGCCCUCUCUCGCCUUUCUCUCGACCACUGCCCCCGGUUUGUCAGGCUACCAGAGAAUCUCUUUCAGCUGCCCAGCCUGGAUACACUGCACCUGGACAAGUUGCCUGCUUUCACUGCGCUUCCCAUUUCUUUCGGACAACUGCCCCCUGGGGAACCCGUUGCAUCCUCUCCGACCAUCCACACCUGCCCAAGCCUGUCAUCGCUACCGGAAGACAUUGGUCGGCUUUCCGCCCUAGAGUACCUGUACCUGAAGUUUGUCGUUCGACUCACGGCUCUUCCGAAUUCCCUGGGGCACCUCACAGCCCUCAAGGAGUUGAAAGCGGUUGAGUGCGCCAAUCUCGAGGUCCUCCCUGACUCUGUAUCCGCCAUGGGAGCACUCACCAGCCUCAUUCUUGACGGCUGCUUUUUCGCUGACCUGCCCAGCGACAUCGGGCAGCUCCAAAACCUCGAUACUUUGAAGCUGUUCUCGACGCGACUUUCUGAUCCGCCCGACUCUUUUGGGCAGCUUGGGAGUCUGAAGAAGCUAACCCUGUACGAGUGCUAUGACCUCGUCGAGCUCCCAGCCUCAUUCACCAACCUCACUUCCCUCGAAACCCUACUCAUCUAUGGCGGAUCCUCUCUUAUGGACCUGCCCCUAGGUUUCGAGAAGUUGUCGCAGCUACGUAGACUGGAGUUGCUCAACUGCUCCAUGCCGUACCUGCCUGAUAGGUUCGGGGAGCUGGCGAACCUGGAGAUACUGAAAGUGCAAUCAACGGACACGUACAAAAGAUUCGGGAUCACUUCGGAAACUGUCCCGCCCGCUGCUCAUCUGGGGUACCAGAGCGAAGGCGAGGAGUUUCAGCUCGAUGGCUCCUGCUCUCUGCAGGGCUUUCCGCCCUCCUUCAGCUCGCUCACCCGCCUGCAGCAGCUGAUCAUCGAUGGUUGUGAGAUGCUGGAGGAGCUUCCAGAGGGCAUGGGCAAUCUGGCCAGCCUCAGAGUGUUAAAAGUGGAGAACUGCAAGCGCCUGCGCGUCUUCCCAUCGCUCUUGCCCACUGCCAUCUCCACCACAGCUACUGGACCUUGUACUUCCGCUGCCACCUCCUCCUCAGCUGCCCCCCCUCCCCUCCCAUUGCUCGAGGAGCUGGUGAUCUCUUGCUGCCCCAAGCUGACUAACCUUCCACAGGGCCUUGAUUUGCUGCCCAGGCUGGAGCAUUUCACGCUUGAAUACUGCACCAGUUCAAAGCUUGCAAACCGUAGCACCGCAGUUUCUCUAUCCGCCUCCUCCUCUCCCCCCUCCCCACUCGUAGCACCUAUCACUCUUCCACGCUCUGUCGAAUCCAUAAUCAUCUCAAACGUUUUCAAAUCAGCCCACUACCUCCCGGAGUCGUUUCUCUCCCUCAGCUGCCUUCUCCACUUAAACAUAUACGACCUUCGAUCCCUCAAGCAGCUUAUAGCCCCACCAGCCCUCGCCCAAACCCCAGCCGAAUUCGAAACUGACGACAUAGCUGCAUCUUGCGCUGGUUUAGAAGAGAUUCCUAGAGGCCCCAUUGCCACUGGACUGUCUCAGCUGGACCUGCUGUCGUCUCUGGUGCACCUUCACAUUGUCAACACCAACCUCCCCUCACUACCUGACAACCUGGGCGACCUCAGGGAACUGGCGGUGCUGCAGCUAGAAAAGUGCCACGCCAUGACAUCCCUUCCUGACUCCCUGACUACCCUCUCCAAACUGCAGCAGAUUGAUCUCAAGUCCCUCCCUCUGCUGACACACCUGCCUGAGAAUUUCGGGCAGCUGAAAGCUCUCAAUGAGCUGAGUUUGGAGUCUUGCAAGGCCCUGCAAGGCCUGCCUUCGUCCUUCACUCUGCUCCCCUCCCUAAUAAUGCUGAGCAUCAUCAACUGUCCUAAGGUCACCUGCCUCCCGGAUUCCCUCUCCUCCUUCACUCGCCUUUCCUCUCUGAAGCUCAAUCGUCUGCCCGGGUUACGCCACCUCCCGUCCCCAUUCUUCCUCCCAUCGCUCGUCCAGUUCUCACUCCAAGGCUGCAAGCGUUUGUGUGCUCUGCCGAAUGACUUGGGUGGCUUAUCGCAUCUGAGGGAGGUGGAUCUGGACGGGUGCCCUCAGCUGAAGCAGCUGCCACAGUCGCUGCGGGACAGGCAGAAAGUGAUUGAAGUGAAGGGAGCAUGGGGCAGGCGCAGAUGAUACGAAGGUGGGAGGUGCUAUUUGAGUGCAGGACGUGGAGGUUGGUCUCAGAAGAGCUUACCCCUAAAACUCGGUUUUACAAUACCACGAUUAGAAUGUUUUGUCAGAUCAUGCUCCUCGUGAUCAGGUAGUGUAGGAUGGAAUAUGGCAGCAUCUCUUCUUUGUUGGGGUUUUGCCUGGGUAGUGCAUUGAGUGAGGGGAUGGAUGGAAUGGAUGCGUUUGUGCAUUCAUGAUGGAUCCCAUUCCUAUGGUUGGUCCUUCAUUUUGUUCAAGCCUGUUCUGUAAUUUCCAUUCCAGUGGAGGCUACCAUCUGCCCGCCUUCUGUGACCUGUCCAUCCCUCCCAACUGUUGUCCCAACAGCAGCCACGCCACUCCUGCAUGAGGGGACUCUCUUUGUUGACAGGUGCCCCCUAGUCCCACAGGCUUGCAGAAGAUCCCAA